AUGGUUUCCGUUAGAAAGAGAAAAAUGAACCGCUCCUCGGUGAAAAAGGCCACGAGGAAGCGGAAAGACAAGCAGCGUGAGUUCAACAUUUCGUCGAACCCGAUCAUUGCUGCCAACUGGGACAAGAAUUUGACGCUGAGCCAGAAUUACGCGCGACUUGGCCUCAAAGUGAGGCUGGGCAAGUCAACAGGAGGUGUGGAAAAGGAGCUUGUUUUUAAUGACAAGUUGGCUGACAAGAAGCAAGAACAGCUGCCUGAAGACGAAGACACAGAUGAUCCUGCCAGAAUUCCAAAGGGCCGUGCGAAAAUCGUGCGGGAUGAGGAAGGAAAUGUAUUGAAAGUCGUCUACGGUGAGAUGGAAGGAGAUGGAAUUGAAAGCUCGGCGGAGGAGAAGACCGAGGUGGUGAAACAGCUGGAGGCUCUCUCUAAGAUAAGCCACAAGAAGGAGAGACACCAGAGUGAACGCGAAACUGAAUGGAUAGCGGCCUUAGUGGCCAAGCAUGGAGACGAUUACGAUAAAAUGAUGUGGGAUAAGAAGCUGAAUCCAUUCCAGCAUAGCAAAGGUGAACUGAAAAAGCGCAUCUUCAAGUGGAAGAAGGCUCAACAGUAA